AUGGGCUCCAUAACAUUCGACCCCGACCUACAAGCUGCCCUUGAACAAGACACACACAUUAAGUUCAUCCGCAACCACCCAACAAGGAAGACCCUCUCCAACAACCCCGACUUCCAAGAAACAUCCCUUCACACCCACAUCUCCGAAGACCUCCGAAACAACAAUCUCAUCACAGGCACCCUCGCCGGACCCCAGAAAGUACUCCUGGCACCUUUCACAUUCAAAAAUCAUUCAGAAAACAGCAUUGUCAUGUUCAUGUACCUGGGCAGCGGUAUCUGUGGACAUCCGGGUAUCGUGCAUGGCGGAGUCCUCGCAACGCUUCUGGACGAGGCUCUUGCUCGAUGCUGUUUUCCGGUUUUGCCUAAUAAGGUGGGCGUGACGGCAAAUCUGAAUAUUGAUUAUAGAGCGCCGGUUAUGGCCAAUUCAUAUGUUGUUCUCAGGGCUAGGACGAAGAUGGUUGAGGGUAGGAAGGCUUGGGUUGAGGGUAGGAUCGAGACUUUGGAUGAGAAUGGGGUGGGAUUGUUGGUGGAGGCGACUGCGCUUUUCAUAGAGCCGAGGAGGGCUGAGACGUUUGAGACUCCUUAUAAAGGUGUUUAG